AUGUUAUCUAAAAACCAGAAACCACGACCAGAACUGCAGGUUCCUGUCCUGCACUUCCCUCUGUCUUCACCAAUCAGUGAGGAGAUUUCAAGUCCAUCGUGCUCCUCGGCGGAAGAUCAAGAUGAACAGAUCCGACCAUUCGCCUUCCUCUCCAAGGCCACAAGACAAAAAAUCGAGGCACAGACGGCUCAAAGAGAAAGCCGACGGGAGUCGUCAAGAUUGAAUUUCCGUGGCAUCACGAAGAACCGAAAGAGCGUUGCCAAACCAGUCGGCCUGAACCUCGUUACAGACUUCACCUUGGGUCCAGCACCAGCAUCAAAGAAACACAUGGCUGCAAAUGUGGAGGGAACAGCAGCACCGUUCGUGGAUCUCAACGACCUCCAACUCCUUUCAAAGGCACGAGAAAAGGAAAGACUAGCCCAGAAAUCCAAGUUUACAUACAGAAAGAGAGUAUCGCGUGGAUUCCAACCCAUGCCCGACGAGCCCGAGCAUACCCACCAUGCAGCAGAGAAUGGUGGUACAUUUCUUAACACGGACGUCGGAGACCCAUUUCACGAUCGACACGAACAUGCCCUCUCGCCUUCUGACCGCAAUGUUAUGAUCGGACUUACUGUCCCGCACGACGAGUCUAUCGAACGAUCCAAGGAGCGCGAUGACCCAGGGACACCACUUACACCUUCGAUCCUCAUUACACCGGCAAACGAAGAGGCGCUUUGGAAAAAUAACUCGAACACGAGCGCCGAGAUGCUUCGACCAAGGGUAGCUUCCAGCGUUUACUCUCAGCCUACACCCCGUAUAUCGCAGUUCGAUUCAGAUAUCCCACCGGUGCCGGCUAUUCCAGCGCAACACUCGGGUAUGCACAGCGGGUUCGGUGGACAGAGCAAAACCAUGCAUGCGAAAACGCGAGUUGAACGCCCGACAUCAAUUGACACUUGGGAAGAUGCCAGCUUGCCACCAACGCCGCGCUCAAAGGGACAGACACUCUCGGUCAAUGCUGACCUGGAGGCCGAUAGACCUCAAUCACAGGGCUGGUGGAACGUCCUGCUUUCGCCGCUUCUUGGUCGCUCAACAAAAUCUCCUGUCAGCCCAUCUUUCCAUCGCAACCUACCUUCUACACCCUCAAUAUUGACCACACCAGCACGAGAAGCCCCGAAGGACUGGCCCCGGGAAAAGGAAGUGUCAUGCUUCUCGCCAGAUACACCCGCGACCCCGGGCCUUAUUGGCGAAAAUGCUCGCACCGGAUGGCAUGACCGGGAAAAGGAAGUCUCAUGCUUCUCCCCCGACACGCCAGAAACAGCAGCCCCCAUGGCCGAGAAGGCGUUUGAGUUUACCCAAUCAAUGGACGGAGAGAAAUAUGACCAGUUUCAACCACAGGAACGACACCAAUCUCCUCCACCAGCUUAUGUUUCAAAUGCACCAAGCAGACAGAACACGAUGUCCUUCAUGUUCAACAAUGGCCAGACAAUCCAGGGUGAAGCAGCAGAAUAUUAUCAAGCAUGCGCACAUGAGCUCUUCAGCAAAACGCCGUAUUUCCAAUGCGUCGAUCACGUCUGCUCGCUGACACCCGUCAAUGUUCCUAUUCCUCCCGGGGCUGACGGUAAUCGGAACAUGGCGUUUGCUGCCGUGGAUUCCUCGAAUGCUAAUGAUGGGAUGUCUGUUUUUGAGGAAGCCUGUGGGAAUACAAACGGCCCUGUCGCAGAUGCGACAACUUCAACCAAAGAUGCUGGAUUGCUAAUCGACAUCGACUCUCCGCGACCUACCAGUAUCGCUCCCACCACAGCUCCCACCACAGCUCCCACCACAGCUCCAUCUGGAUAUGCAAUGCGAGCAAAAGAAAUCCAGGUCGACUCGCCUGCAUCUGCGACGACUGUUGAUUCCUGGGAUUCGGCAAUCACCAGUGACGAUGAGAAGAGUGCGGCCCCGGCCCCAGCUCCGAUUUCGAGAAAGCCUGUUCCUGCUCCUGCGUCCAUUGGCUCGAUGGAAAGGGGAAUUCCAGAGCAACCUUCACCAGCCCCGACUGCCAUUCCAAUGCCAGAGCCUACACCUGCACCUGCGCCUGCCCAAGUCCCGCCGCAGAUCAUUACCAAUGUGUCGCCUCCAGUAAUUAAUGUACACUACCCACCGCACCCAGAGCCACAGGCACAACCACAACCUAUCGUCGUGCCGCAAUAUGUUCCUGCGUUUCCUCCAAGCCAGCCAGGGCCUCCGGUUGAGCCGUUCUUACAAGAGCCGAUGGGACAAGAGCAACAGUCCCAUGAACAGCCACGAGGAAUUCCUGAUAUGCCAGUCGCUGAACAGGCCAGGCCAGUAUCAGCUGCCAAGACAGAGUGGCCUUGGGGUCAUCAAGGGCAGACACAGCCAUCGCCACAGCCUCAGCCUCAGGCGCAGACACAGACUCAAAAGUCUAAUUCUCAGGAAUUGUUCAAGGAUUUCGAAUGGGCUUAUGAUCAGCAUGAGCCACAGCAAGCAGCCGCUAGUACACGUGCACCACCCCCAGAUACCCAAGCGUCUCAUGAGCCUGCGCGGAAUGGAACAAUACGCCGAGCCCCCAGCCAGCGACCAAAUCAUUUGCAAGCGCCGCUUGUUGUUCAAGGAAGGCAAUCCGGAUCCGGCUGGCCAUUUGCUCAGAAUGCACACCCUCAUUCUAACGCACCGCCAGUGGCACCAGGUCCUCAAACAUUGCCCGAUGAGCCUGAGGCUCAGUACCAACAAAGGCAAUCACCUGAGCAAUCAUCACCUGUCGAAGGCCAGGUAGCGAGAUCUGACAUGCACACUGGAGAGCUAGGACUUCCCGGGAGCUCCGGCCUGAACGCGGCCCGUGGACAGUCGCGAGACCCUGAGCCUAUCUCUCCUGGCUUCCAACGGGCAGCAGGAGGACCAGGCUCUAUCCCAAUGGCAGAUAUGCCGGCACCAGCCCCAGCGUAUAGUCAACAUUCUCGACACAGCUCCGUGCCGCCUCAAUACGGUCUCCAUCCACCAUACCAGUCCAACUACGUUGAAAACACGACGAUUGUGAACCCUAGUGGUGCCAUUGGGCCUCACGAAGCCCGUCGCCGCAGACUGGAGGAUGAGGAAAAAAUAGGACGAAAGGCAUGUGGUCUGCGUGGGCUGUUCAAGAUGAAGAAUGGGCGUGCGGGACGCGAAGGCCGAACACGCCGCAGGUGGUAUUUCCUGAUUUGUCUAUUCUUCUUCGCGAUUGUGCUCAUUGCAAUCAUUCUUGCGGUCACGUUGACAAGAAAGGGAGCUUCGAGUGUGGUUCAAUCGCGAUGGCUUAACCUCACAGGCUAUCCACCUAUGCCAACUGGGAUUGCAACACUCGCUGGAACCGAGCCCCUGUUGGAAAAGUCGACAUGUAUCACCCCAUCAUCGAUGUGGAGCUGUGCCCUGCCCAAGAGCCAGCAGGAAGCCAAUGAGCCAUAUGACGCAAACCAGCCCAACUUCCGUGUCUCAAUUCUCUUCAAGAAUGGCACCUACGACAACAGCACUACAGUGGCGAGCUCGACUAGUAAUCGGCGCAUCAAGAGAGAUGGCCAAUUUGAUCCGUCGCCUGCUGCUCCAGGAAAAUCCGAUCAAAGCUUCCUUGGCCAAUACACGGAUAACAACACUGCACCUUACGCCGGCGAGGAAACGCCGUUUUUUAUGUCAAUGCUCUCGCCUGUCCCUCUCGCAUCGACCAACAUCUAUCGCCGCGCUGCCACUUCCAAUACUACAUCUUCCUCCAACAUCUCAACCAUCAUCCCUGCACCAGACGAGAACUCCGACGGCUCAGCUGCUGCCGCCAUGCUCUACCCACUACCUUCAGCUCAACCAGUCCGCCUUUACAAUCGAGGGCAGUCGAAUGAGCACUACGGUUUCUACACAUACUAUGACAAGUCAAUCUUCCUGACUUCGCAAGAGACCGUCAUCACAGCCGACAGCAACGGCGGAACCACCAAAGAAAAAGCCAAAUACCGGUGCACGUGGUCCCAAACCCGAUUCCUAGUUCAGAUAUGGACACAGGGCGAUAAAAUGAAUCGCCAACUACUUCCUUACAGCAAUGCCACUGCGACGAGUACUUCCUCCACCGCAACGCCGACAUCAACAAGCACGACCCCGACGUCAUCUUCUUCAGCAACGGACUUUUCUCGACCUGGGUCAUUCCCAUACCCUGUUACUAUAACGGUUGACCGUCACGGUGGUGCAGCUAGGAAGAAGAUGGUCUACUGCUACCCACUUGAAGAUGAUGGACACUACAAUAUCACCGGCGUGCAGUUACAACUCGAGGAACGUGAUAUUGGUGGUGAGGUGGUCAAUCCUGCUGGUGGACUGUUCGAGGGAGUGGGCGUAUCGAACAAUUCGACCGCAGAAGACUACGGGGGGUGUUGA